AUGGGUUGCGUUAGUAUGAAAGAAGCCUCCAAUAGUAUGAUUGGUGAGCGCUAUCAUUCCUACAUCAGCCAACAAAAAAUACUUGUAUUCAGAUUUAAAGCAGGAAAGGUGCCAGGGUCGGAGUACGAGCUCCGUCAUGGUUCAACUAAAACUCGCGUCGAUCGAGAUCCUCGAACUGGACGCAUUCGAGUGCAGCAACAAAACGUGGGAAGAGAUGUUUCAUCUAUACUGAUGUCGAUUCUGACCAUCUUCUUUGUUCUUUUGGCGGUUGCUUAUAUUGGAACUGCGAGACAAGAAGCUCUAACAGCAACUGCUCACACUAUUUCUGGAGCAGUUCGUGACACUGUAGUGUUUCUUUACAUGUAUGCCAUAGUGCCGAGCUUUUUUUUAUUGGCAGCGGUUGCAGUUGUGCUGUCUGUAUAUUUUGGGCACAAAAAAUGGAAGCACCUGAAAGAACAAGAGGAAGCGGCAUUUUAUGAUCUUGUGGAUAAAAUUCUAGGCAAGUUCUUCUUGUAUGAAACCACUACAACUUGGAAUCUGUCACUUUUGAAAAUCUUACAGUCACACCAUCGUGGUGGUACCUCCGGCUGACU